UUUCCAUCCUGUGUCCGCUCAUAUUUAUGCAUUAGGCGUUUCUGCAGUGAGUCGCUGGAUAUUGAUGUGUUGUAAGGAGGUGUUCCCAGUCCUCCCUCCCUCCCUCUCACUCUCCUGCCUGCUCCCUCCGUGCUGCUGAUCCGUGGGGUCUCUGUGCGCUCAGACGCGUUUGGCGUUCAGACUCGUAAGAACCCCAAUGGCCCCCCUGCACCGACGGGACUGCGCUAACCAGACGACCAGCCCCGGCUCCGAGUGCUCCUAGCGAAGGCAGGACCCAGAGUCCGGGAGCCUGCUCCUGGAAUACCGCAUUGUUUUGUAAUUUUCCAGCCAGAGAGAGAAAGGUGAAGAUGCUGAUGAUGAGCCCGCGAUGGUGGAUUUCCCUUUUGUGCGUCUGUGGACUGAUGCACGUCGGUCACCAGAGCAGAACAAAUGCACGAAAUGGAGACGCCUUGCUAAACAUGAAGGCUCUUCGUGAUGCUGGCAGGUUCGUGGGGAAGGAGGACACGGUGCCUGUCCGCUUGCUCUUCAGCAGGCACAAUCUCAGCCAGAUCACGCAGGAUGAGCUCAGCACCAGGGUCAAAGCGAGCCCCGGCUCCACGCAGGUGAACCAUGUGGCCCAGGCGACCUUUAAAGUCGAGGCUUUUGGGAAGGAAUUCAUCUUGGAUGUGGAACUGAAUCAUGAUCUGCUGUCUUCAGGAUAUGUGGAAAGGCAUGUGUCGGAUAAAGGGAAGGCCAUCAUCACCAAUGGAGGAGAGCACUGCUACUACCAGGGGAAGGUCAGAGAAAUCCCUCACUCCUUUGUGGCUCUGUCAUCUUGUCAUGGAUUACAUGGGAUGUUUUUCGAUGGCAAUCACACCUACAUGAUUGAACCUGGAGGACAGGACGGCAGCACUGGAGACGUCCAAAUUCACAUGAUAUACAAAUCUGCAGAGGAGGAGGGAUUAAAAAAAUUCCUAAAUGGAGAUCUGCCAGAGCCACCUUUUCCCAGCCCUCCAUUUCCUGGGUCAAAGGUUGUUCACAGGAGAAAAAAGAGACAGGCUCCACAUGUGUCCCACAGUGUAGAGGACGAGACAAAAUACAUUGAGUUGAUGGUGAUCAAUGACCAUUUAAUGUAUAAGAAGCACCGGCUUUCCGUUGGGCACACAAAUAACUAUGCUAAGUCAGUGGUCAAUAUGGCUGACAUGAUUUUCAGAGAGCAGCUUAAUACACGGAUUGUGCUGGUUGCCAUGGAAACCUGGUCCGCCGACAACAAGUUCAACAUCGACGAUGACCCCAUGGUGACCCUGAGGGAGUUCAUGAAGUACAGAAAAGACUUCAUUAAGGAGAAAUGUGACUCUGUUCAACUCUUCUCAGGGAAUCGCUUUCAUAGCAGUUGGGGCGGAGCUUCUUACAUGGGAGGAGUUUGCUCUCUCACUAAAGGAGGUGGAGUGAACGAGUACGGGAAAACGGAUGAGAUGGCCAUAACCCUCGCUCAGCUGCUUGGACAGAACAUCGGCAUCUUCUCGGACAAGAAGAGGAUCCUCAACGGUGAAUGCAAGUGUGAUGAUCGCUGGUCAGGCUGUAUCAUGGAUGAUGUUGGCUUCUACCUGCCAAAGAGGUUCUCUGACUGCAAUGUGGAGGAGUACCACAACUUCCUGAACAGUGGAGGAGGAGCUUGUCUGUUCAACAAACCUCUGAAGCUCUUGGACCCUCCAAUCUGUGGUAACGGCUUUGUGGAGCCAGGAGAGGAGUGCGAUUGCGGCAGCCCGGCGGAGUGUGCCAGAGAAGGGGAAAACUGCUGUCAGAAAUGUACGCUGACUCAAGGCUCAAAGUGUAGCAACGGACUCUGCUGCAACAGCUGCCAGAUGGAGGUGAUGGGGGUCGUGUGUCGAGACGCAGUGAAUGACUGUGAUAUCCCAGAAAACUGCACAGGCAACUCCAGCCAGUGUCCACCCAAUGUGCAUAAGAUGGAUGGCUACACAUGUGAAAAGGAUCAGGGUCGCUGCUUCAAUGGAAGGUGCAAAACCAAAGACCGACAGUGCAAGUACAUCUGGGGAGAGAAGGCAACAGCAGCUGACAAGUUCUGCUACGAGAAGCUCAACAUUGAGGGGACAGAGAAGGGCAACUGUGGGAAAGACAAGGACACCUGGAUCCAGUGUAACAAACAGGAUGUUCACUGUGGUUACCUGCUGUGCUCCAACAUCUCACCUGCGCCGCGGCUGGGAGAGCUGCAGGGAGGACUGACUUCUUUCUCUGUAGCACGACACAGCGCUUCUCUUGACUGCAGCGGCGCUCACGUGGUGAUCGAUGGAGACACUGACCUGGGCUAUGUGGAGGACGGGACAGCCUGCGGGACAGACCGGAUCUGUUUCAAUCGUAAAUGUCUCCCAAUGCAACAGUUCAACUUCAGCACCUGCCCGGGGACCACCGACAAGAUCAUCUGCUCUGGACACGGGGUGUGCAGUAGUGAACUGAAGUGUGUGUGUUACCUGGGCUGGGCUGGAGACGACUGUAACUCCACGUCCCCUCUCAGUUAUCUCAUGGUUGGACCGACUGCCUCUGUUUCAGGUAUCACCAGUACAAACAUCGUAGUCGGGGCCAUUGUGGGCUCCAUGCUCUUCCUCGCGCUCAUACUGGCUGUAACAGCGUGGUGCUACAAGAGCUAUACGCAGAGAUGCUACGAUGAGUCCAAUGUUCACCGAAGAUUCUGCCGGCAAAUGCCCCCAGGUGACUAUGUCACAAAGCCUGGGGAUGCAGAUUCAUUUUACAGUGACAUGCCUCCGGGGGUCAGCACAAACUCUGGCUGCAGCUCCAAGAAGAGGUCAGCCUGCCUGUCGCACCUGCAGAUUUGCACCCUGUCCUUCACUCCCUCCAUCCCAUCCAUUUCUCAGAACAUCUCACUGUUUGGCUUCAGGUCUAAUGGACUGUCACACUCAUGGAGUGAGAGAAUCCCAGAUGCAAAACACAUUUCAGACAUCUGUGAAAACGGGCGACCAAGGAGCAACUCAUGGCAAGGAAAUCUUAGUGGGAAUCGAAAAAAACUGAAAGGAAAGAAGUUCCGUGCUCGCUCUAACUCCACAGAGACGCUAUCCCCUGCCAAGUCUCCCACUUCCUCUACAGGAUCUAUUGCAUCCAGCAGAAAGUACCCGUACCCCAUGCCCCCUCUCCCCGACGACCAGAGAAAAGCCAACAGGCAGAGUGCCCGGCUGUGGGAGACUUCAAUAUAACAGCCGUGUAACCCAUUCAGCAAAAGACCUUAAGGAACUACACUUGUCUCUCCUUGUCUAUGAAUGAAAAACACACAAAAAUGAAACGAAAUUGACUCUUAAACGACUAAUGAGGAAGAGAUAGAUAGAGAGAGCCCCCAACCGGAGUGGAACUAGGCAGCAGUCUGUGCGAGUUGGUGAGAGUUGGUGUGUAAAACCAUCUCUGAGGCCGUCGAGCCUUCACAUUCAGUGAUGAUGCAGCGUGAUGGCAGAGAAACCAGCUCCAUAUUCACUCCAGACCAGCUGAAGCUGAGACUGAGCUGUUCAGUCCAACGGGACUCAAAACCCCCACCACUCUGAGCCCCCACGCCCACCAAACCCCCACCAACCCCUGUCCCCGAAACCUUAAACCACAACACAUCCUCCUCUCGUCACACUCACUCACUCACGUCAGAGCCACAGUUUCCUGAGAUUUCCCCAGGAGCAGGUCAUCGUAUCACACGGCAUCGCUGGAUUUUGUCGGACCAUUUUGACGCACGCGAAUCACUGUAGAAACACUGUAUGCAUGAGAUAAACCUGUUUAUCAGCAAACUCCUCCCACUGACGAGACGAGAAGAGCAGCAAUCUGAUCAGAAAGGAAAAGCAUGGUGGCGGGGGGACAGUGAUUUUAUACCUUCUGUAGGCUUUGAUGCUUUCUCUCCAUUAUAGGCAACACAUAUUAUAUCAACAAUUAUAACCCAUAAGCCAAGACAUGGACGCAACCCUCACCCCUCCUCCUCCUCCCAUUGCCUUGUUUGUGCGUGUGUAAAUAUGUACAGUUAAAAAAACCCCGCAUAGAGUAUGUUUUUGCUUUUAUUUUGAAGGAGGAAAACUUCCUCUUCCUUGUGUGUUGUGCUGUAGACAGAAGUCUCUGUCUGUAAUUGUACUUUCUGUCCUAAUUCCCCCCCUACAACACUUUCCUGUGUGACUGUGACCUCUAAGGUUUUCUCCAUCCAUCCAUAGCAGAAUGUGUUCAUAUUAGCACUGGUUUCCAUCCAUCUUUGGGAGAAAUGCACAGACGUGACGGAACACCACAGGAAGACAUUGAUUGUGGCACAGUUAAGGAUGUCACUGCGAUGGUAUUAAUUUAGAUGAAUAGUUUUACGUGCCAUUCCCGUGUGAAACGAAUGGACUGAGAUGUGUCUGACGUAGUUAUAGAUUUACCACGUUUCACUCGUGUGUUUUUUGCAAGUUUCCCCCCCCUUGAUGCAGUUAAAAGAAGUGUCAGAUUGUCCUUGAAUUACGUGCUCCCGUUCCCGCGAUGAGAGCACACAGUGUCAUGAUGAGUGUCACGACACUGCAAGAAUCUUGAGAUGUGCAUUUUGGAUUUAGCUGUGAUGAUUGAGAUAUUUAGCUUGUAAAUGAUUAACUAUGCUGUACAGUGUUUGAGCUUGUGAAGACCAACAGCAUGACACUUCUAUAUCAAAUUGCAUUAUUUCUCUGGUAGGCUGUUUGUAGGACCACAACGCGGAGCAGAGAGCAUGUCACUGAAAGACUGUUUCCCCCUCACGGCCUACUGCACAGAAUACACUGUCUUUAGGACAAUGCAGAGCAGGAGAUCACUGGGUUUGAUGAUCGAUAAAGAAAGAUUUGUCAUGUAGCUAUUUAAGGUGGAAUUCCCUGGAAACUAUCACUUCUUUGUACAGUUACAAAUUGCUCUACCUUGUGUAGACACUGUUGUCUCAAGGCCUCACGUUUGUCAUUUAUUGUUGUUUAGUUUUAGUUCCAGCAUGGACACCUGUUCAUUUGUAAUUCAUGUAUGCAUUAGGACUGUAUAGGUAAUAUGAUUGUCACAAUAUUGGACUAAUAUUGCUAUUAGUAUCUUUUAAGUACCUUUGUAAUGUUCACCUUUUUCUCAGCAUUAUGUACAGCAAGUGUCCAAACUUGUUAUUUAGUGCAUUACUUGUAAUUCUGUGUGUUUAAUGGGUUUGAUUGGACACAUGAUGAUGAUUUUUUAAAAACAUUCUUUUCCCCUC